CUUAAUUAAGGCCAAGCAGGCUGUAGUGUUAGAAGUAAUUAACUAGUUUGUUUUUCAUCGUAUCAGGCUGUUUAAAAACACAUCUGCAUGAUCCCGUCUGUCUUAAUGCUGGUAGAACUCAGCUGUAAAUAUCAGUUCUGUGAAAAUAACAGUUGCAGAUAUCCUUGCCUGGUGAAUGUCAUAAUGGAUGAUGUUCCUAUAGCAAACACAAUACAAAAAGGUAGUAAUGUGGCUGACUAGAACUUGAUAGAGUGCUAGAUUGGGCGUAUCAGUGUAUACUCAAGACACAUCUUUUAUUGUGGAUCCUCUUUGUCUCUGAUGAUUGCUAUCACCACCAUGUACUAUAGAAUGUAAUGUUUUGCCAUGUUUCUGAAAGGUUUCAGGGUUGGGUACAAAGCAGUUGACCAGUUGGAAUCUUUGUUAUAAGAAGAAUGAGUUUUCAAGUUAAGGUUUACUUUUUAUAGGACCAUGGUUUCACUGUGUACCCUCAUGUUAAUUUCAAACUUUUUUUUUUUAAGGGCAGUAUUAAGUUAUGUUACUUAGACAGUUUUUCUGCCUUGUGCUUUUGAAGAAUUUACAAGGCAUAUUUAGGAGAGGUUGCAUUUAUAGGUAUUAGAUAUCAGUCGUUCACUUUCUAGCUGAAUAAAAUCAUUGUCUGUUUUUACUAGGCAGUGACUCUAGUUUAAAAAGCUUAAUAAAUUACAUCAGUUUUAAAAUUGUAAUCCUUAAUCGAAAGUAGUGCCAUUUUUAGAAUAUCUAGUUUUAAGUUUAUAAUAAAGUGAUAAUUUACACCAUAAACAUUGCUAGUCUUUUCCCUGGUGUUUCUCCUUGUUUCCAAAUGGGUAUUCAUAAUAACUCAUUUAGCCAGGAUCUCUGAAAAGGAUAUCAUAAUACAUUAUUAUAAAAUAAACUGUAAUUAACCAGACUGUCCAAGAAAUGGAAUUUAAUUAAGGUAAUUAAAGUAUCUGGCCAACUGGGUACUAAAACCCAUAAAAUGCUUAUUGUUUUUGUCCUUGUUGAAAAUCCAUAUGCCAAAAUAAUAGAAAUUUCCCUUUAGAAGAGACUUGUAGCACUUUAAUAAUCAUCAAGGUUAUCAUGUAGAUAUAGAAAACUUGGUUGAUUAUUUGGUAUACAUAACCUAAAUUAUUUUUGUUGUUCAGUCCCCAGUUUUGCUUAUGAAGGCGAAAAUUUUGGAAGGCUUCUAGAAUAAGAGUUUAUAAAUUCUGUGUAAGGACUUUUAUCAAGGGCAGUCUUUGGUCACCUCCAAAAAAUAUUGCCUGAGACUCUAGAAAAAGAACUGAGUCACAUUUUGACUCCAACUAAUAUUGAGUUGUUGUAAGGAUUUAGUAUAUGUCAAGCUUUUUUUGUUUUUUCUUGGUUUCUAAAAAUCCUUUUCCAGUUUCUUAGUAUCUCUGAAACUACAAAGUUACCAAGAAGUACCAGUGAUGUUACUGUGAACAGAUGUUCUGUUACCUGCUAUUUCCUCUUAUUAUAGGAGUGAAUCUAUUAGCAUAAGUUAAUUUACUUCUUUAAUUCUUUUUUUUUAUUAUUUUAAAGAAAGGAAUUUAGGAGGUUCUAGUAUUCUCCAUGGCUGAAGCUGAGAGUCUGAAACCCUGAUGCUUAAGCUCUAUUGUAGAUCAUAGCUCCGACUCCUUCAGGAUAUAAGGAAAAGGGAUAUUUCCACAAUGAUAGAUCUUUGGUUGUACAGGUUUCCCAAUGAGUGGAUCAUGAUGACCGUAUUGUAGGGACUUGCCAUAGUAUGGCUGCUUCCCGAUCUACUCGUGUUACAAGAUCAACAGUGGGGUUAAACGGCUUGGAUGAAUCUUUUUGUGGUAGAACUUUAAGGAAUCGUAGCAUUGCUCACCCUGAAGAAAUCUCUUCUCAUUCUCAAGUACGAUCAAGAUCACCAAAGAAGAGACCAGAGCCUGUGCAAAUUCAGAAGGGAAAUAAUAGUGGGAGAACUACUGAUUUAAAACAACAAAGUACUCGAGAAUCAUGGGUAAGCCCUAGGAAAAGAAGACUUUCUUCUUCAGAGAAAGAUAAUGUAGAAAGACAGGCUGUAGAAAAUUGUGAGAAAAGGCAAACAGAACCUGUUUCACCAGUUUUAAAAAGAAUUAAGCGUUGUCUUAGAUCUGAAGCAGCAAACAGCUCAGAAGACGACUCACCUAUAAAAUCAGACAAGGAGUCAGUAGAACAGAGAAGUACAGUAGUGGACAAUGAUGCAGAUUUUCAAGGGACUAAACGAGCUUGUCGAUGUCUUAUACUGGAUGAUUGUGAGAAAAGGGAAAUUAAAAAGGUAAAUGUCAGUGAGGAAGGGCCACUUAAUUCUGCAGUAGUUGAAGAAAUCACGGGCUAUUUGGCUGUCAAUGGUGUUGAUGACAGUGAUUCAGCUGGUAUAAACUCUGAUGACUGUCAGCCUGAUGGGAACACUAAACAAAACAGCACUGGUUCCUACGAGUUGCAGGAAAAAUCAGUAGCUGAAAAUGGGGAUUCGGACACCCACGCUUCAGUGUUCCUUGAUAGUAGGAAGGAGGACAGUUAUAUAGACCAUAGCGUGCCUUGCACGAACUCAGAAGUGCGGGUCAAGUUGGAGGACCACAAAACAGUAACUGCCUGCCUGCCUGUGGAACAUGUUAGUCAGCUGACUACUGAGCCAGCUACAGGCCCAUUUCCUGAAACUCAGUCAUCUUUAAGGGAUUCUGAGGAGGAAGUAGAUGUGGUGGGAGAUAGCAGUGCCUCAAGAGAGCAGUGUCAUGAAAACACCAGUAACGCCCCGGACUCAAGACUUGAGAGUAUGCCGGUCUCCGGAGAACUGGAACCAUCCUCUGGUGUAGACUGUGUUUCAGCUCAAACAAUGUCUUUAUCAGAACCUCAAGAACAUCGGUAUACUCUGAGAACUUCACCACGAAGGGCACCCCCUACCAGAAGCAGUCCCACUAAAAACGGUUCUCCUUGCAGAGAAAAUGGACAGUUUGAGGAGAAUAAUCUGAGUCCCAGUGAAACACAUGCAACUGCGAGUGAUAAUAUACGUGAGUCUCCCACAAAUUCUGGUGAAAUUUCUCGGAAUGGAAAAGGGCUCUGCUGUGACUCUGAAACUUACGGGACUGAAGGACAAAGUAAGCCACCCUCAGAGGCGGGACUCGGUGUUGGGAACUUGCCGUCUGCCAAAGAGAGUGCCAAUCCGCACAUUACAGACGAGGAAGAUGAUGAUCCCGAUGUUUAUUACUUUGAAUCAGAUCAUGUGGCACUGAAACACAACAAAGAUUAUCAGAGACUAUUACAGACGAUUGCUGUACUCGAGGCUCAGCGUUCUCAAGCAGUCCAGGACCUUGAAAGUUUAAGCAGACACCAGAGAGAAGCACUAAAAAAUCCUAUUGGAUUUGUGGAGAAACUCCAGAAGAAGGCUGAUAUAGGGCUUCCAUAUCCACAGAGAGUUGUUCAGUUGCCCGAGAUUGUAUGGGACCAAUAUACCAAUAGCCUUGGGAACUUUGAAAGAGAAUUUAAAAAUCGUAAAAGACAUACUAGGAGAGUUAAGCUAGUUUUUGAUAAAGUAGGUUUACCUGCUAGACCAAAAAGUCCUUCAGAUCCUAAGAGGGAUGGAGAGUCCCUUUCAUACUCUAUGUUGCCUUUGAGUGAUGGUCCAGAAGGUUCAAACAGUCGUCCUCAAAUGAUAAGAGGACGUCUGUGUGAUGAUACCAAACCUGAAACCUUUAACCAGUUGUGGACUGUUGAAGAACAGAAAAAGCUUGAACAGCUACUCCUGAAAUACCCGCCUGAAGAAGUAGAAUCUCGGCGCUGGCAGAAGAUAGCAGAUGAACUGGGCAAUAGGACAGCAAAACAGGUUGCCAGCCGAGUGCAGAAGUAUUUCAUAAAACUAACUAAAGCUGGCAUUCCAGUCCCAGGCAGAACACCAAACUUAUAUAUAUACUCCAAAAAGUCUUCAACAAGUAGACGACAGCACCCCCUUAAUAAGCAUCUCUUUAAACCUUCCACUUUUAUGACUUCCCACGAACCACCAGUGUAUAUGGAUGAAGAUGAUGACCGAUCUUGUUUUCAUAGUCACAUGAGCACUGCUAUCGAGGAGGCAUCAGAUGAAGAAAGUAUUCCUAUUAUGUAUAGGAAUUUACCUGAAUAUAAGGAACUUUUAGAGUUUAAAAAGUUAAAGAAGCAGAAACUUCAGCAAAUGCAAGCUGAAAGUGGAUUUGUACAACAUGUGGGCUUCAAGUGUGAUAACUGUGGCAUAGAACCUAUCCAGGGUGUUCGGUGGCAUUGCCAGGACUGCCCCCCAGAAAUGUCUUUGGAUUUCUGUGACUCUUGUUCAGACUGCCUACAUGAAACAGAAAUUCACAAAGAAGAUCACCAGUUAGAACCUGUUUAUAGGUCAGAGACAUUUUUAGACAGAGACUACUGUGUGUCCCAGGGCACCAGUUAUAAUUACCUUGACCCAAACUACUUUCCAGCCAACAGAUGACAUGGGAGAAGAAAAUCGUAUACUAGCCUCUUCAACACACAGCAAUGGUAUCAUUGUGAGUUAUGUGCAGUUUGGAAAGGUUCUCGGCUUUCCCUGAAUGACACUCACAGCAUGACAGCUUCCUGAGUGUUCUCGUCCAGUCAGCUCUGCACCGUUGUGGCUCUAGAUCACUGUCAGCAGCUGAACAUUCCUGGUGAGCAAAGGGUUCCUCGGUCAGUCUCUCACCACCACCUUAAAGUCUCUUAGGUGGCGCUUAAAUAGGUGAGAUGGAAAUGAGCACACAUUGAAAAGUGAGUAAAUUCCAAAGGUUUCAAAGAACUUGGUCAUAAAUACGAUAACAAGAAGACAAAGUAUUUAUAUUAAAACAGUUCAGUAGCUUUCAGUUUUGUGAAAAUAGUCUUCAGCACAGAAACUGACUUCUUUAGACAAAGUUUUAACCAAUGAAGGUGUUUGCUUCUAGAAUAUACACUUUAAAAGAACUCACUGUCCCAGUGGUGGCCCCUGACGGCCUUUAGUAAAUUGGAGCUGCUUAACCAUAUUGAUGUCUAAUUUCUUUUAACCACAAUGAACUGUCCUUAUUACCAACACAAAGCACUACAGGAGGCAGCGGCCACAUUGCUUCCUUAACCAGCUCAUGGUGUGUGAAUGUUAUAAAAUGGUCACUCAGAUAUAUUUUUUAAAUGUAAUGUUAUAUAAGAUGAUCAUGUGAUGUGUACAAACUAUGGUGAAAAGUGCCAGUGGUAGUAACUGUGUAAAGUCUCUAAUUCACAACAUUAAUUCCUUUAAAAUACACAGCCUCUGCCUCUGUAUUUGGAGUUGUUGGUGCAACUCAUCAAAGAAAACUGCCUAAUAUAAAGAUCAUAUAUAUGGUAAUAAUUUCCCUCUUUUGUAGUCUGCACAAGAUCCAUAAAAGAUUGUAUUUUUAUUACUAUUUAAACAAGUGAUUAAAUUUAGUCUGCGCAGUGAGCAAGGGUUCACAUGCAUUCUUUUAUACUGCUGGAUUUUGUUGUGCAUCAUUUAAAACAUUUUGUAUGUUCUUAUCUGUGUAUACAGUAUGUUCUUGAAUAAUGUUCAUUUGUCAGGAGAACUGUGAGAAAUAAACUAUGUGGAUACUGUCUGUUUAUAUUAUA